GGUGAAGAGACGAUACCACAGUGACGUAGGGGUAAUAACUGGGACAAAGAAGGAGAAUAUAAAAGCUCAAGAGUCACAACAUGCACUCCAAAUCUCGUCUGCGAGGAACAACAACACACCUAAGAGGAAACCCCACUGAAUCCAGACGUCUACCUGAAGGAUGAAGUUCCUGACUUUGCUUGCUCUGAUGUGCUGCUGCUGCCUUCUGCGCGGCCACGCGAUGCACCUCACGCGCCCGCGCCCCAGACCUCUAGACAGCUCCUCCACCUGGAACAACCUCUUCAUAAUGACUAAACAUGCACAGAUGGAAGAUACAGACCACGAGACAAGACUGCUUCCAGUGUUCUCCGAGGUUAUGCUAAAAGAGGAGAGUUCUUGUUGUGUCAACUCCAUGAUCCUGAAUUACUAUCUAAAGCACAUCUUGCACCCAGAUGAGCAUGUUGAUAAAAAAUACCCACACAUUCGUUUUGUGAGGUCUGACCUGCAGAGGAUUGCACACAUUUUGAAGCCGCACUGUGAAAACUUAGACUUCGUAGACCAUGUGCGUGUUAAGGAAUUCGAGAAGAACUAUAAAACUGCCAGUGAACAGGCAUAUGAGAAAACUCGUAACAAAGCAGUCGGAGAGACGAUUAUUCUCUUCCACUACCUCUUCGAAUCCUGCAAUCCAAGAAUAUGACUCUGAAACUCUCCUCUGCAGUAUUGCCAUCUGUUUUUUUUUCCUAUAUUCAAAGGAUUAUUUAUUAUGGACUUAUUUAUUUGGUGUAUUUAUGGUAUGCUAUAGAGAUUUUUAAGAAUGGCAUGGAAACUGUGCUUUCAUGCUGUGUUUUGUAAGGUCACGUUUGUGGCUGUUGUUGUGGCUGACUUGGGCUGAACAUCCCAAGAAAGACCGCUACAAAGUAAAUGCAUUUUAAAAGCAUUAACACACCAAGUUGAAAAAAAUAUGAUUUUAAUGUAUUCAGCAAUAUUUGAAUUUAUC